UCCUUCUUUUUUUAUUGCUUUUAGCAUUCACUUAUUAACGUAAAAAGGCUUCAGACUGUUUUAUUACAAUAAAGUAUGACCUUACCAACACGUCCAGCUCCCGCGCCACCUGGAUCACGAGCACAAAAUGCAGCGGCGAAUGCAAAUGCUAGUCUAGAACAGUUACGUCUACAAUUACAACAGCAACAACAAUUACAGCGCCAACAACAAAAUGUCACCGUACCAAAGUUAACAAUCAAAUUACCACCACCACCUAAACAACCGUUGGCAACAAAUGUGUAUAAUGGCGGUAGCGGUGGUUCGAUUAAUAACAACACAGGUUCAAUCACUCGAAAAUUUCCCCAAGCACGUUAUGCACCGGCUACCAAUUGGGAUGAUUCACCCUUUGAUAUUUUAGCUGGUAAUAGUACAGGAUUUGGUGGAGGAAUGGCAACAAAAAGUCAAACUCAAGCCACAACAAAUGGUAAUUAUAAAAAACAACCACCACCUAGACCUCCACCACCUAAAGUGCAACCAAAAAAGGGUGCCGCUCCCACGCCACCAACACAACAAUCUACCAAUAUUUUAACAAAUAUAUUCCAUCUUAAGAAAAAAUCCUCCAAGGCACCAACACCCAAUAAUUCCGCUUCAAGGAUUUAUGGUUCAGCCACUUAUGGUACUACAACACCAACAACAGGGUCUUCGAAAAGUAACACAACUUCACUACAAACUAAUGGAUUUUCGCACACAAGUUCUUUGACUACAGAUUGGAAUAGUGCCUGGAAUAAUACAGCCUCCUCUACUAUGCAAACAACACAUCAAACAGCUGUUACCACAGAAGCUCAAUUAAUCAGUUUUGAUUCUCCACCGAGUUCACCAACAUUUACACAAAAAUCCAAUAGUGAUUGCUUAAGUGUGGACAGUUUUAGUUCGGACUCUAAUUUCAGUUCGCCCAACAAUGGUUCAGUUUCACAGCCAGAAAGUGGUUUUGAAGAUGAUUUUUCCGCCUCUGCAGGACGUUCUAGACCAGCCACUACCAGUCCUUUAGAUCCAUGGGAAGCUCUAGAUGCCUUUGGUCAUUCCGAAGCGACAGCAGCAACAACUACACAACCUCGUUAUGGCAGUAUUGGUACUGCACCCGUAAGAAAUCUCAGCACAAUCAAUACACGUCUUCAGAAUAAUGGUGAUAAUCCUUUAUGUAAUGGUAAAAGUUUAUUACCACCAGCGCCAACGCUCAAUAUGCCCACAAUUAUUAAACCGAAAAUCUCUCAAAAACCUAAAGCGCCCAAACCACCAUUAUUAGCUAAACCCUCAGCAUUUGUUUCCUCCUCGCUAUAUUCAGAUAAUUUAAUAACUCCACCCUCUCCGCCUAUGCCUCAAUGUGCUCCACCUCCACUACCACAAACAACAACAUCAUCAUCAUCAUCUUUUGCAGCCUCAUCAUCGACAGUAAAACCAACAUAUUCUAUACUGGAUGUUAUUACCGGUAAAGUGGAUGCCAUACAUUUGAGUUCGGGUAUGGAUGAUUAUAAUAGUGAACCUUUGGAGCCACCACAUGGUAUUGCUUUGUAUGAUUUUGAUAGUACGGAAGAAGGAGAUUUAUGUUUUAGGGUAAGUAAAGCGAAUACAAUUUUUAACAAAGGCGGCAAUUAA